AUGGGGUUUCUGCACGACUUUUUCGUCUUUCUUCUUACGCGUAUCUGGGCGGGAAUGCGGCUGUACUACCAGUGGAGCAACAUUUUGACGCCGAUCACGAUCGCCGUCUGCUGCGUGUUAUUCGCGAUUUGGAAGAUUGUUGGGAGUUGCCAUGCCCCGUAUGAGGCCCUCAAAAAGCACCUCGAGUACCGUAAGACGUUGACCAAGAUGAAAAAGAUUCUCGAAAAAGAGUACACCGACGACGAAUGGGGCGACGCCAAAUUUUGCUCGGCCUAUUUGAAGUUCCACGGGAAAUACCUGAAAUUUCUGGACGUUGCGCGGCGAGGGCCCGAUGGACUGCUAAAUCGCGACUCGCCGUACGACGACUUCAUCGAGAUCAAAAUCUGGGAACCGGCGCCGACUGUCAUCAACCCCGUCAAGGACACCAUU